AUGGAGAGCAGCUGCCCUGGCGCUGCCAGGGAGGAGGAGGAGGAAGAAGAGGAGGUGGCCCUGCAGGAGGGCUUUGGGGCCCUGCCAGGAGGCGGAUUCCUCGGGAGUCUGGGAUUUACAUUUAAGGUGUCAGAAAAACUACACGUUACUGGGGCUUCUAUCCACUGCAAGAUGGAAUGUUAUGUGCAUAUGUUUAGAAAGUGUGUUCUAACUUUAAGCACAGUUAAUAAAAAAAGAAAAAAAAUCAUAUUAAAGCAGGAAAGGAGAAAGCAAAAGGAAUUCUUUGAAAAGAAGAAACUUAAAUCAAAGAUGAAGCUUCUGGGAGUAUCAUCUCCUAAAAGUUCAGCAGUCAGCUUAGAUCUCCUCAAUCUAUAUGUUGUUAACCAGAUCUCAACCAAAAAAGACACCACUGAGAAGAUGAGGAAGCCAGUCCACAUUGAUAUCUCUGAAGAUGUUAGAAUACCAGUUAGGAGGCACAACAUAGAGCUUCCCGUGUCACCAUUACGUACACAACAUAUAUCAAACUUAGAUGACACCCAGAACAGGUUACAAAAGCAAGUAUUGGACAGCAGAAGGCAGCAUCUCUCAGAGAAAGUAAAAUACCAACAUAAUUUAUCACAAGCAACAGAAUUAGCGUAUGCCAACUCUAGUAUGGAACAUGAAGACAACAUAGCAAGAGCAUUUAUUGCCUGUCCAUUGUCCUCUUCUGUUUCUUGGUCCUCUAAUUGUACACAAUUUUCAGAAGAAAAUUUCAACACAAACCUAAUGGGCAACACCUGGGAACAUAUCUAUGAAGAGAAGCUGCAAAACCAGCCAGGAAAUAGUUCUGAUCAAGACACUUGGAUUACAAAACCUCCAACUGAGUGUAUUUUCAGGAGGUCUGAUACAGUGCCUCAGGAACUGUUUAAUCCGUCGCAUAGUCUAGACUAUAUGAAUUCUGCCAGGAAAAAUCCAGUCAUAAUGACCAGUAACGAGUCAGAAAACAGUCAAGGAUUAAAAGAACCAUUGUUUGAUGUAGUGAAAGAAGCUGCAGAAUUGAAAGCUCCCCAAGAUGGGAGUGAUUGUUCUUUUCUGGCACUGUUUGAAGAUGAGAGCCAACCAAUCCAUAAUAAUCCUUCCACAAAACAUUUUAAUCCUUUUGUUAACCAAAGCAGUACUGCCAUUUUUUUCAUUGAUCCUGAUGAUAGAAAUCAAAUGACCAACAGAAAUUAUCUUUACGAUACUGGAGAAGCUUAUCCUGCAAUCCAUGCAAAAACAAAUUCUGUAGACAGACAUCUUGAAGGCAUUUUCACAGCUCCAGAACAGGUUUUACUUCAAAGUAACAGUGCCUCAAGUGCAAGCUACAAGAAAACCAGUGGACUUCAUAAAACCCACCUGCAGGACUGUCAUGAGAGACAACACUACUUCAUACCCUCUGAAAAACCUGCAAACCUUGAUAAAAUUGAGACAUUUGCUUAUCACCAUGAUCAGUGGGUUAACUUAAAGGAGAAUGUGCAGAACUAUUCAAUAAAAAAAUGUGAUGACAAGUCUGUGAAAGAAUCAGCCUGGAAACAGAACCAGCUCUUUGGAUUUGAAGAGUUCACAACAGCACAAGAGAAAGAGUAUAAGUUUGGCGUGAGUUCAAAUCUUCACGAGAUGGAGAAGGAUGUGGAGUCAUCCCUCAGCAGCCAGUCUCCCAGCUACUCCCCAAGGCAGACAGAGAGCUGUUUCAGCUCUAGUCCUGACACGUCUGAAGAGGAAGACACAGCCAAAAAGAAGGAAUAUCUGAAGGAACAGUCCCUGAAGAUAGACGGUGCCAACCCAGUCUCAGCCUCAGGGAGUACAGAGCCCCCCAGGACCUCUCACACCAGACUCGUACCUCUCCAGCCCAGCAGUAUUUUGACUAGAGAAGCAGCAAACCGUCUUCAGGAGAAAGACUCUAUUUUAUGUGCCACGGAGGAGGAAAAUAAAGACCAUGCUGCCCCAUCUGAGGGCAGCUUGUUACACCAAACCCUUAAGAAAGAAUGCGUCACUCACAGUACCAGGCGCGAUGGUUGGUCGCAGACUGAGAGCUCUGUUACAGAAGUAGAGAAAGUGGAUGUUGCCACCCAGUGUGACCCCACACCGCUGUGCAGCUGCCAGAGCUCCCUGCCCUCUGCCUGCAGCCCGGGGGAGGUCCCCCCACCCAGCGCCACGGGCACCACUGGAGGGCACAAAAUGCCAGCACAUGAGGCGCUGCAACCUGCAGGCACCAGCAGCGCAGCGGGAAUAGUGGCGUGUUCUCCCGAAGGCGAGUAUCUGAGUUUGGCUGGCAGAAGGACUCUAGAGGUGCUGAACUACAUCGAUAUAAUGAAGGUGAGAGAGAAGCAGUGACCAGCUAGACUGGCACGUAAGCAAUAGAGGAGCUUUGUCCUGUUCUCUGUGUUUCUCUUAAUUGGCAUAUUUUGAUUUUUCUAGCCUGGUUAGACAAAAUAAUUUGUUGCUGUUUGUUUGCUUUAAAUCAUUAUUAACUCUGGAUCUCUAUCUAACUAUUGCUGUCUCUAACUAUGGAUUUCUAUAGAUCUCCAACUGUUAACAUAGGAUUUUACUAUAGCUUAGUAAAU